AUGGAGACGAAGCCGUAUCCUCUGGACCUCGUACAAGGCCUCGAUAAGUACUUCGACAGCCCGGAAUACUCCGACGUCACGAUCCGGUGCCGCGCGCGCGACUUCUACGCCCACCGCGUCGUCCUCGCCAGCCAGUCCGCCUACUUCGCCGACGCCUUCCCGGACGACGACGGCGACGUCGACCCGGCCGCCCUGCUGCUCUCCGACUCCAGCACGGUCCUGGGCAACGCGGGCGCCGCCUCCGUCGUCGCCGCGCAGCAGCAGCGGCGGCAGGUCCUGGACCUGCACGACGAGGACCCGCGCGUCGUGGAGGGCGUGCUGUGUUUCAUGUACCACGCCGACUACCGGGACUCGUCGUCGUCGUCACCGGAGGACGCCGCCGUCGUCUUCAACCUCCGCAUGUGCGCCGCGGCGGACCGGUUCGCGGUGUCGUGUCUGAAGAGGUGUGCGGUGGAGAAGCUGCGGGCCGCGGCCGAGCGGUUCUGGGACGCGGAGGGGUUCGUGAGGGGGCUGGAGGAGGCGUAUGAGGUGGGUUCCGGGGUUGAUGGCGAGACGAGAGGGGUUCUGGUUGCUGUUGCGGCGGCGCAUGCUGAUGGUCUUUGCGUCAAGGGCGCCAUCAUGGCCAGUAUCAGAAAACGGCCUGAACCUCCCGUUCUGAGUCGAGAUGGUUUCCAGAUCAUCGGCGACACGAUUACAGUGCAAGGCGAUGAACGAAUGUCGUGCUUGAAACUGAAGAAGGCUCUCACCCACGACCAAACGAAAGGCUUCUACGUCGCUCAGCUCCGGCAUUACGGCAUAAGCUUUCCGCCAUCCGCCAGCAAGGCCCGCGUCAAGAACACCUUGAUAGAAGCGGUGCGCGAAGGAAAGUGCGACAAGGUUCCAGACGCCGUCCUUCGGGUGCAAGAUGUCCUGCGCCGCGAGUACGAGGCCUUGAGCAAGCAAUGGAAGAUCGAUUGCAAGGCAUGGGAGAAGGCCCGGGACAAAACGAAACGAGAAGACGAAGCGUUCCUCAACUGCAAGACGCCCGGAGAGAAGGCGAAUUACGACCUCGGGAGAUUCAUGGAGCUCUACUUCCUCACCAACGGCAAGCCCGACGAGGAAAAGACGCCUGGCCCCAUAGCGCUCUACGACUUGAAGGACGCCAAGAAGGUCGAAGGCCUGGCUAAGCGCGUCCCGGGCCUGCAGACUGUGACGUGCCCCGGGCGCGACGAGAAACGGGUGACGUGCAUCGGGUGGGACAAGUUUCUGCUGUCGAAUCUCAACUACGACAUUGUCAAGGACGCCUACGAGCACGAGAAGCAAAAGAUUGACGAUCCCUGCGGAGCGGCCAUGCGGGAGCACAGAGAGUACGUCGCGGAGAAACGGGAACACGAGUCGUUGACGGACCAAAAGAAGCCUGGGACCUCUUUUGACGUCGAGAGAUGCAAAGGAUCUUACUUCGUUCAGUGCAAGGCGGUGAUGAACGGCUAUGACGUUUCACCGAAACACGUCCUGACGAUGGAUGUCAAGAUCGGCAAGGACGGUUUGCUGCUGGCCGCCUACGAUUUCGGCAUGAUCGAAGGAACCAUGCUUCUGAGCGCAUCCGAGGAGAAGCUGGACUCUUUGGUACAGAUGGAUUGCGACGAAGACUCAGAGCGGCGCAACGAUGAUGAGGAAGACGACUAUGGCGCGGACGAUCCGGGGGACGACGGGUGGAAACCGGGCCAGAAGACCCUGAAGAACACGGCAGCCUCACGGAAGCGACCGGCAAGCGCUUCUUCAGGCAAGGGAGUGACAAAGAAAAAGAAACGAAUGCUGCCGUCGCUCUCUCGCCGAGUGUAUUUCCGACUCCGGGGUCGGGAAACUGGGGAGGGUGACAUCCAUGAUACGCCGGAGCCAGGGCACCUAGACUUUCUGGACAGCGAUUGCUCACAGUUCAUGGGACUGGCGUAUGAGUUUCCCUACAUUGGAAAGAAUGUCGAGUUCAAGGGUUAUAAAGUGUCGGAUUCGCCGCGCAAGAAGCAUGAACCGUGGAGCAACUUUUCGUCUCAGGCAUGGGGGUAUGCAAAAGCUGCCAGAUGGUGA